GCUGAGUAGAGCCUUGUGUAUUUUUACCGUGAAGUAGAACCUACGAAGGACAAGUAGGCAAUCGCAACCUGACCUCAUACGUUGAUCUUACAUACUUAUUUCGAAGCAGGUCUUCAUCUAUUCAAGCACUGCGAUGUAGUUUUUCUUUCAUAUAUUUGCCGGCGAUUGUGAUUUUGUCUAAUAUCACGAAAUCACUGUUCUUGUAGAGCAUAUUUCCACUACACCAGGCACAUUCACCGUUGAAAAAAUGUCCUGUCCCUGCCGAAAAAGGGCCCCGGGAACUACUGGGCUCGAUGGGAACAGCAACUACACGGAUUUCUACAAGAAACUGGAGCCGGAGUCCAAAGACUUCUCCCAUUUCGAUUUCGACACGAUUCACCACUACAACCGCAUGACCAUCCUCGAAUGGCUGUGUUGCCCAAAGAGAAACACCGAAAGCACCUGGACCAUCGAGAAGCAUAUCAAGCCGAACUGCAUGCAGGGGCAGAUCGUUUUGAUCACCGGCGGGAGCUCGGGGAUUGGUCUUGAAACCGCGAAAAUUCUCUCCUGCAUCGCCGGCGCUUGUGUGGUGAUCUGCUCCUCGGACAAAGAAAAGGUCGAUCAGGCCGUGACGAAAAUCCGGAACAUUAUCCGGGCGAAGAAGAAGGAGUUAGAAGAUAUCCGCCCGGUGACGCGAAGGAGGAAAAACAUUCAACCGACGGCCGGGAAGUGCUUCGGGCUGGAGUGCGACCUGGCGAGUCUGAGAAGUAUUCGGAAAUUUUCGGAGGAGUUUAAAAAAAAGUUUGAUCGCGUCAACGUUUUGGUCCACAACGCAGGGGUAAUGCGGUUCGAUACUGGUGCAGCUGCAUCUUCUUCGAGCACCAGCGACACAAAUGCAAGUAAAAAUAUCUUUCGCACAGUGGACGGGAUCGAGCGGUUCACCCAGGUGAAUUACCUCGGAGGGUUUUACCUCACGAAAUUGUUAUGGAACCCGUUGCUACGCGCAGCAAAUUCCACUUACGGCCAGGAAAACCCGGGGGCGGUGCGAGUGGUGCUGACGACGUCGCUGUCGCAUUGGGAGGCGAAAAGAGGCGUUGACUUUUCGGACGAGGCGUGGACGAAAGAAGUUGCGGGCUCAGGGUCGUCCACAGCAGCCACAUCAAUUACAAAGGAAUACAACAAGCACGGCGAGUCGAAGCUGAUGGCACUACUGUUCAUGCGAAAGCUGGCGCAACGUCUCGAAGAGAAGAACAAGCGCAAGAGGUUGGUAAACAUCAGCGCGACCUGCUGCCACGUGGGAAAGGCGGAGACGAAUUUGCGGAAAAGAUCAUCUCAGACGAUUUUGAACAGUGUGUUGCAAUUUCUCAACCCAGUCAGCUGGUUUCUCCCCAGCCCGAUGCCCGCGGAGCAGGCGUGUUUGUCGCAAGUGCUCUGCUGUGUAGACGAAGACGUGCAGAACGGGUCUUUCUACGGCCCCGAUCACGUGGUAACCGGGUUUCCGGUGGAAGUGAGCGGGCGGAAGUACCACGAGAGCAGCUUCGCAAACAACGAGGCGCAAAUAUCAAAGUGAAAAAAGCCCCCACCCCAUAUCGAAAACGAAAUUUGUGAUGCUGAUAUGCAGUACACAAAUCGCCUUGUAAUGCUAGAAGGCCAAGAGACGCAGCUGUGGCCUCGUUUGCAGGCAAUUUGUGGUGCUGUUUCCCACUUCCGCUGCCCCCUGUCAUGCUGAAGAUGCAAGGCUUUCCCACGCCAACCAGCACUACAGUCCGCAUCUACUUUUCCCUUCCGGCAUGACAAAGCUGAUUUGUGGCCGCAAAUCUGCAUCACAAGUUUCUAGUUUGAGUAUGGGGUGGGGGGAUUUUUCAUUUUUAUAACAAAUGGAUGAAUUGUGGACGAAAAGUGAGAAGUUGAUCGGGGAGAAGUUUUUCGUGUCCACCGGGGCAGUGGUGCCGGAAGUGAGAUGAUACUGAACGACGGUUUCAUAAUUCUUCGUAGGAUAGAUAUUAUAGAAGUCAGUAGGUGUAGGGCUUCAUCUACCUCAUCUAGGGGUCGUGGUGACUUCCUCCUGCGACGAAGCUCUUUUUUACCAUGGCGUAGAGAGGAAAAAUUCUACCGCGCUAUAGAAUGUGAAUGUGUUUGUUGAUCAUACAAAAUUACGUUUUCGAAAUAUACUUUUCAUCCUAGCUUUUCUUAACCACUUUUGAGCGCAACAUGGAUUGACCUAACCACCGUUCCGCGCUGAAGAAGGGCACAGCAAGAAAGUGUGGUGUGCUGGAUCACGCUCACCUAAGUAAUUUCCGCUUGAAAAUAAAUCUACGGCUGCAACUACUUGACGUUGUGUGUCGCGUUGAAGGGUCUUGUUACGUCAGGCUCCCACGGCUGAGCUGUCAGGCGGAUCGUUGCAAGUAC